AUGGCGGGGAAAAAGAAAAGCGGCUACGACGGCAAAAUUGCUGGAUUGUAUAACUUGGAAGAAACGAUAGGCCAUGGACACUUUGCUGUGGUUAAACUGGCUAGGCAUGUUUUUACCGGCGAGAAAGUGGCUGUGAAAGUUAUUGAUAAACAAAAACUUGAUGAGGUAUCGCGGGCACAUCUUUUUCAAGAAGUCAGGUGUAUGAAAUUGGUGCAACAUCCUCAUGUGGUUCGCUUAUACGAAGUUAUUGAUACUCAGACUAAGCUGUACUUAAUCUUAGAAUUGGGAGACGGGGAUAUGUAUGAUUAUAUUAUGAAACAUGAUAAAGGCUUAGACGAAACGUUGGCUAGAAAAUAUUUUCGCCAGAUCGUGGAAGCAAUACUUUAUUGUCAUAGGCUACAUGUAGUGCACAGGGAUCUCAAGCCGGAAAAUGUGGUGUUUUUCAACAAGCUUGGAAUUGUUAAAUUAACGGAUUUUGGGUUCAGUAAUGUCUUUGCCCCAGGUAAAAAACUGGAGACUUCGUGUGGGUCUCUGGCUUACUCUGCCCCAGAGAUCCUUCUUGGAGAUUCAUAUGAUCCACCAGCAGUAGAUGUCUGGAGCCUGGGAGUCAUCCUGUUUAUGCUGGUGGCUGGAAGAGCACCCUUCCAGGAGGCCAAUGACAGCGAGACCCUCACCAUGAUCAUGGAUUGCAAGUACCAGGUUCCAACCCAUGUCUCUCGGGGCUGUCAAGAAUUGAUAGCUAAAAUGCUGGUUAGGGAACCUGGAGACCGCAUUGGCCUGGAGAAGAUUGAGCAGAAUCCUUGGCUGGUGAGCGAUGCUACUGAGGAGGAUAUGAAAAUCAUCAACCUCCCACUUUUGUCUCGGGAACACAUCUCGGAGGAUGACCAUAACUACGUUGUUCAGAAAAUGGUUGAGGGAAAGAUUUGCACAAGGGAUGAAAUAUUUCAUUCACUGGAGCGGGAUGCCUACGAUCACAUUGCUGCUACUUACUACCUUUUGAUAGAGAGGCGGCUGCGGAAACUACAGCACGACGCAGCCAUGGCUCAAAGCAACCUGCCAAAACAGCCGUCAUCUUCCAGUAUGUUGGCCAGCAACAAGCCACAUCUAGAACCAUUGAUGCUUUCACCCCGAUCCAAACGAGUUGCCCUUGGUCCUCACUCACCUACCUCUCUUGGUUUCUCCGACUUUGGUCAUAUGACCCAACGGUAUUGA